AUGUCGUUCAAGUAUGUAACAUCGGAAGAUAGUACCAAUUCCAUUAGACUUCAGUACUCGAUUCGAAAACGAACUUCUAUUAUACUCGACGGUGACGUUUACGAUCGUUUCCGAGAAGUUCUCUCAAAGACCAGUGAAACCGAACUGGAAAUUUGUCGACAUCAUCAGGAUCCACUUCAAGCUCUGUUGGAGGAAUCUGCUAGGAUAAAUCGGGCACAAGCUUGGGAGAACUUUAUCAAAGAAUCGCCGAUCUUCUCCGAGUUUGUUGAAUUUCAAUUUGAACCACGGGAUGGUGAUACAAUUUUCUCACUGCUUUCUGUGAACGCCAAGGAGGGUAGUUUCGAGCAGGUCGCCAAGAAGCUAGCCCGUCGAUUUGUUACGCGUGAAAGGCGAAUCAAGUCCUAUCGACAGGAGAUUAGCGACCUCUGUACUGGCCGGCUCAGUCCUUCUUCUUCUGGAAUGACAGUUCCACUCAGUCAAGAAUAUGAAAACUGCGAAGAGAACGGUGCGUUGAAUCAGGAGUAUGUCGAGAACAAAAUGGAGGAAUUGGAAUUCGCAAUUCGACGAGAGGAGGUGAGACUUCUUUCAACAGGAUUUUGA